UUAAUAUUUAGUCCAAUUUGAGAAAAAGACCGCCAGAAAACAAAAAUAUUCUGUUUAUUUCACAGAUAAAAGAGAAAGAAAAAGUAAUUAAAACCUGAAAUAUGUCUGCUGAUCAAAUUUCGUAUUCUGAGAAGUACAACGAUGAGAAGUAUGAGUACAGGCACGUUAUUCUUCCAAAUGACAUUGCAAAACUGGUUCCCAAGAAUCACUUGAUGACAGAGACAGAAUGGAGAAACCUAGGGGUGCAGCAAUCACCAGGGUGGAUUCACUACAUGGUGCAUACACCAGAACCUCACAUUCUACUGUUCAGGAGGCCAUUGCCACAGACAACCCCACACCCAGCAGCCAUGGCAACCAAAGUCAAGUAGGACCUGUCAUUGAAGCAAAGAUCUGUGAUUCUAAGCCUUUUGUUUUGUAUUAUUUUUAAUAUUUGACAACGCAAGUAGUGGUAUUUUAGUGUAUACAUCUAGUGCUGUUAUAUUAUUUUGUUGUUUUGUGUAUUGUCUGAAAGGAUAUUUCCUGGAAAAUUGUCUGAAGGGGUGGAAACUUUUUUUUAUGGAGAGGAGGUUGUUGACAUAAUUCAUUGCUGUGGGGGGUCUUUUGAAGGGUUUGGCUACAUAGUGAUGUUUGAAUGUAGCAUUUCUAAUUGAAAAGGAGCUAGAAAUUAAUGGUAAUUAAUACAACCCUUUAUUUCAUCAAAGUCCUUUGCACCAUAGAUCUAGAGGUACUAGUGGUUCCCAAAAUUUGUUUUCAUACUUGUUAACAGAAAUUUAUAUUUAUUCAAUGGUUCUCUAUAUUUUCAUUUGAAUUUGACAUUAGGUAAUAUCAUGUAAGCAUGUAACAUCAAUAUUAUGAUAAUCUU